AUGACCCUUUCAUCCCUUCUCCGCAUUACUCCCCGCCUCGCUCCGACCGCAGCCCGGAGGACAGUCCGAGCUGUGUCCUCGUUAUCUGGCACGAAUGCCACCCCACAGAAGUCAUUGGACUCAAUAUUAAUUGCUAACCGAGGAGAGAUUGCACUGCGCGUUGGCCGGACUGCUGCGGAGCAUGGAAUUCGCGUGACGACCCUCUACACAGACCCAGAUAGUCGAUCCCAACACGCCUUAAGCUCGCCAUUUGCAUUCAACUUGGGCUCCGUGUCAGCUUAUUUGGAUGGAGAUCGAAUUAUUGAGAUUGCGAAAAAAGAAGGAUGCCGGGGUAUACACCCUGGAUAUGGAUUUUUGAGUGAAAAUUCCGCCUUUGCCAAAAAAUGCACCGAAGCUGGGCUCGUAUUUAUUGGGCCCCCAUGGAAAGCAAUCGAGGAGAUGGGCGAUAAGAGUCGCUCUAAGGAAAUCAUGCUUGCCGCGGGAGUGCCUUGUGUCCCUGGGUAUCACGGCCAAAAUCAAGACCCCCAAUUCCUCGAAGCCGAGGCCGAUAAGAUUAAAUAUCCGGUUCUCAUCAAAGCCAUUAAAGGUGGCGGUGGAAAGGGAAUGCGUAUCGCCACUUCCAAAGCAGAGUUCCAGGCACAACUUGAGUCUGCAAAGUCAGAAUCCAUGAACUCAUUUGGAGACGACAAUGUAUUGGUGGAGAAAUACAUUACCACACCGCGGCAUAUUGAGGUUCAGGUAUUCGCAGAUAAGCAUGGGAAUAGCGUCGCACUGGGCGAACGAGAUUGCAGUAUUCAGCGAAGACAUCAGAAGAUCCUAGAGGAGUCUCCUGCACCACAUCUGCCAGAUGCAACUCGCAAGGACAUCUGGGCGAAGGCUCGAUCUGCCGCAUUAGCGGUAGGAUACGAAGGCGCGGGUACUGUGGAAUUUAUUUUUGACAACGAUUCGGGUGAAUUCUAUUUCAUGGAGAUGAACACGCGGCUCCAAGUUGAGCAUCCUGUGACAGAAAUGGUUACAGGACAGGACCUGGUGCACUGGCAGAUCAUGGUGGCGGAAGGAUCCCCCCUACCGCUUACGCAGGAGCAAGUGGAAGAGCAGAUCGCUCGUAGCGGCCAUGCAAUCGAAGCCCGGAUUUACGCCGAGAAUCCAAACCAGGGAUUCAUUCCCGACUCUGGGCGCUUAAUUCAUGUACGAACACCCACCACCACAGAUGAUGUUCGCAUUGAUGCUGGAUUUGUCGAGGGCGAUGAUGUCUCUGCACACUACGAUCCCAUGAUCUCCAAGUUGAUUGUUCGUGGCGAAACUCGCGAGGAAGCUAUUCGCAAACUGGGCGCUGCGCUAGAGCAGUACGAGGUCGCGGGCCCCGUGACGAACAUCGAGUUCCUCAAGACCAUCUGUCGCAGUCCAGAUUUCAUAUCCGGAGACGUUGAAACUGGGUAUAUCGAGAAGCACCGAGAGGAGCUGUUCGCCCCAAAGCCGAUUGAAGAUGAGACCCUGGCUCAAGUUGCUUUAGCAUGCCUACACCGUGAUAUUCACUCAUCUGCCAGGCCUUCCAACGGGCUUGCUGGAUCUGCAGUUGGAUUUGCUCCAAGCUUUAUGCAGCGACAAUUGUCGUUCAUUGAAUCAACAGGAUCCACGGGUGAAGGAACUACCUUCCACAUUAGUGUUCAGCAAACUGCCGAUCACACAUUCAACAUUACAGCCGGGGGUAGAGUCUUUGAGCAAGUCGAGAGCCGCAUGGAUCCGGAAACACACGUGGUGACAUCUUUCUUCCCACAUACUCGGCUCGAUACCACAGUGGUCCAAGAGGAAGACACGAUCAUCGCAUUCCAGCGAGGUGUGCAAUAUCGCUUGGCCGUACCGCGUGCGAAGUGGAUGGAGAAGGCUCUGGGGAUGAAGGACAUUGCGAACAGCGUACUGGCUCCAAUGCCUUGCAAGGUGCUUCGAGUGGAAGUCCAGGCUGGCGAUGUGGUUGAAAAGGACCAGCCACUGGUGGUUAUUGAGAGUAUGAAGAUGGAAACAGUGAUUCGCAGCCCCCACCAGGGAACAAUUGCGCGUGUCGUGCAUAAGCAAGGGGAUCAAUGCAAGAGCGGCACGCCCUUGGUCGAGUUUGCCGAAGAGCAAGAAUAA